AUGGCAAGUGAAACCUAUCUCCCUUUGAGUGGGGUUGACAAUACAAGGCAGGCUUUUCCUACCUGCUGGAUUGGUGACUCUCAAACCAAAUUUCCAGUUGGUGUAAUCAGAUGUCCUAUAUGCCGCCAAGAAUGCAGACAGAUAGAUCUGGUGGAUAAUUACUUUGUAAAAGACACGUCAGAAACACCAAGCAGCUCUGAUGAGAAGUCAGAACAGGUGUGUACAAGCUGUGAAGAUAAUGCUAGUGCUGUUGGAUUUUGUGUAGAGUGUGGGGAAUGGUUGUGCAAGACUUGCAUAGAAGCUCAUCAGCGAGUAAAAUUUACUAAAGAUCAUAUGAUCAGAAAAAAAGAAGAUGUAUCUUCAGAGGCCGUGGGAGCAUCUGGUCAACGUCCUGUUUUCUGUCCUGUCCACAAACAAGAGCAGUUAAAACUUUUCUGUGAAACAUGUGACAGGCUGACAUGCAGAGACUGUCAGUUACUGGAACACAAAGAACACAGGUAUCAGUUUCUGGAAGAAGCUUUUCAGAACCAGAAGGGUGCAAUUGAGAACCUAUUGGCCAAACUUCUUGAGAAGAAGAAUUAUGUAAAUUUUGCAGCUACCCAAGUUCAAAAUAGGAUAAAAGAAGUAAAUGAAACUAACAAACGAGUAGAACAGGAAAUCAAAGUGGCUAUAUUCACCCUCAUCAAUGAAAUCAAUAAAAAGGGAAAAUCUCUCUUACAGCACCUUGAGAAUGUAACAAAGGAGAGACAGAUGAAAUUAAUACAACAACAAAAUGACAUCACUGGUCUUUCGCGACAAGUGAAGCAUGUGAUGAACUUUACUAAUUGGGCUAUUGCAAGUGGCAGCAGUACUGCUUUGCUAUACAGUAAACGGCUGAUAACAUUCCAGUUACGUCAUAUUUUAAAGGCACGUUGUGAUCCUGUUCCAGCUGCCAAUGGAGCAAUACGCUUCCAUUGUGACCCUACAUUCUGGGCAAAGAACGUCGUCAAUUUAGGUAACCUUGUCAUUGAAAAUAAACCAACUCCUAGUUACACUCCUAAUGUAGUGGUUGGACAAGCUCCUCCAGGAACAAACCACAUCAGCAAAGCUCCAGGACAAAUCAAUUUAGCGCAGCUUCGACUUCAGCAUAUGCAGCAGCAAGUGUAUGCACAAAAGCAUCAGCAACUGCAGCAGAUGAGGAUGGGACAGCCAGCUGGGUCAGUUCCCAGGCAGACGAGUCCACAAAUCUUACAGCAGCAGCCUCCCAGGUUGAUCAGCAUGCAGACCAUGCAGAGGGGUAACAUGAACUGUGGGGCUUUCCAAGCACAUCAGAUGAGAAUGGCUCAGAAUGCUGCUCGUAUACCAGGAAUACCACGCCACAAUGGACCACAAUACUCCAUGAUGCAACCUCACCUUCAAAGACAACAUUCUAACCCUGGGCAUGCGGGGCCUUUUCCAGUUGUUUCUGUGCACAACACCACUAUUAAUCCAACUAGUCCUACUACAGCAACAAUGGCGAGUGCAAACCGUGGUCCAACAAGUCCGUCCGUUACAGCAAUCGAACUCAUUCCUUCUGUAACAAACCCAGAGAAUUUACCUUCCCUGCCAGAUAUCCCACCCAUCCAGCUUGAAGAUGCUGGUUCAAGUAAUUUAGAUAACCUUCUAAGCAGAUACAUUACAGGCAGCCACCUACCCCCACAACCUACAAGUACCAUGAAUCCCUCCCCAGGACCUUCAGCUCUAUCUCCAGGGUCAUCAGGUUUAUCCAACUCCCACACUCCUGUGAGGCCACCUAGUACCUCCAGCACAGGUAGCAGAGGAAGCUGUGGCUCCUCGGGCAGAACUGCUGAGAAAACUAGCGUUAACUUCAAGUCUGACCAAGUGAAAGUCAAGCAAGAGCCAGGGACAGAGGAAGAGAUAUGCAGUUUCUCAGGAACAGUAAAACAGGAAAAAACAGAGGAUGGCAGAAGGAGUGCUUGCAUGCUUAGCAGUCCUGAGAGCAGCUUGACACCACCAUUGUCCACUAACUUGCAUCUGGAAAGUGAAUUAGAAGCAUUAGGAAGUCUUGAAAAUCAUGUAAAAACUGAACCAGCAGAUUUAAGUGAAAGUUGCAAACAGUCUGGACAUGGCCUUGUAAAUGGAAAAUCCCCAGUGCGGAGUCUAAUGCACCGAUCAGCUAGAAUUGGAGGAGAAGGCAAUAACAAAGAUGAUGAUCCAAAUGAAGACUGGUGUGCUGUAUGCCAAAAUGGAGGGGAUCUAUUAUGUUGUGAAAAGUGCCCAAAGGUGUUUCACUUAACUUGUCAUGUACCAACACUCCUCAGCUUUCCAAGCGGAGAGUGGAUAUGUACAUUCUGCAGAGAUCUGAGCAAACCAGAAGUAGAAUAUGAUUGUGACAAUUCACAACACAGCAAGAAAGGGAAAACAGCACAAGGUCUGACUCCUGUGGACCAAAGGAAAUGUGAACGUCUCCUGCUUUACCUGUAUUGUCAUGAGCUGAGCAUUGAAUUUCAAGAGCCAGUCCCAGCCUCGAUACCAAACUACUAUAAAAUUAUAAAGAAACCAAUGGAUUUAUCUACAGUGAAAAAGAAACUACAAAAGAAGCAUUCUCAACACUACCAGACUCCUGAGGAUUUUGUGGCAGAUGUCCGGUUGAUCUUCAAGAACUGUGAAAGGUUUAAUGAAAUGAUGAAAGUUGUUCAAGUUUAUGCAGAAACACAAGAGAUUAAUUUGAAGGCUGAUUCAGAAGUAGCGCAGGCAGGGAAGGCAGUUGCAUUAUACUUUGAAGAUAAACUUACAGAGAUCUACCCAGACAGGACCUUCCAGCCUUUGCCUGAAUUUGAGCAGGAAGAGGAUGAUGGUGAAAUAACUGAGGACUCCGAUGAAGAUUUUAUACAACCACGUAGAAAACGCCUAAAAUCAGAUGAGAGACCAGUGCAUAUAAAGUAAUCUAAUGAUAUGGACCUAAAAUUUAUUGUAAAAACUGUUAUUUAAGUGUUCCUGGAAUAUUAUCAUGCCUACAGUGGCCAUCUUGAAGAAGCUGAUAGCUUUUUAAACAGUAUUAGAUUACAAAAAACACUUGUACAGAAAAGCAUUCUCAUCAAAAGGGGAAAAAAACUGUAUUGUAAAUUUUUGGCGUUUUUUUUUUUUUCCUUGAUUAUUUGCUAUAUUCUUUCUUUUUCUGAUGGAGGGGACACAUUCAUCCUGGUCUCGCAGACAGAGGUGGAUGAAUGUUGGAGAGAAGCAGAUUUGAUAAGACAUGUUCCGCGUACAGAUAAGACUGCUUAGUAAAAUGUUCUGCAGGACUGGACCAAUACAGUUACUGUAUCUUGCAUUCAUGCUGGACUGCAGUGUAAACUGUAAGCAAUGUUCCUGAAAUCCCCUCUUGGUGUGAACUUAAGUGUGUGUUGGUCAUUACUUUUAUCAUCUCAUUUAAGCGGUAUUGUGAAUAACUGAUCUUCUGUGUUGAUCCCAUUAUCUAAAUUUGACUUUCUUUACUACAUUUUAUGUAUAGCAAAAGGAAAAAAAAAAAUCAUUAAACUGUUCUGAAUUGGCAAGUGCAGGAGUGUGAGUUCUUGACAGAUGAAAGACUAAACUGGUGGCAACAAUCUUUUUUCAGUAGGCUAGGUAUAUUUAUUACGAAUCCUGUACACAGAACAUUUUAAUGGCAUUCAUGGCAGAAGUCUUCGCAUUGUCAUCUGUCCCUGAUCCCCCUAAUGAGGCAGAAUGUUAUCUCCAGUAUUCAUUGUCUAAUUUUCUGUACUUAAAAUAUAGACUGAAGAGUUAAUAACUGGUUGGGGUGUUUUUCCAGUCUUCCUAAAUAUCAGUUUCUAAUAGACCACUCGGCAAACAAUAACCUAUUAACUACCAAAUGUGUAAAAUUUCCUGUAUUCACUUUGUCUUAUUUGUAAAUAGUGAAUUGAGAUUUCUUGCAGAUCAGCAACAUUUGCUGAACUGUUUUUAAGCUAAUAUGUAUUCUUAUUAAUUGUUCCUAUCAAGAAAAGAUUUGUAAUAUAUGCUAUUUCUAACAUUGCAUUCAUUUUGAGGUUCUGUCUUAUUUUUAUUAGAGUACUACUCAGAACUUUCUUCAGAAGCAGCUUUUGAGCGAAAUGUCUAGAAAGAUUGGAAUAAAUCUGUUGAGAUCGGGUUACUUGUCCAUCCAUUGAACAAAGCACUUGCACAGACCGGGAUUUGGCUUUGAGUGGUUUCUGGUCAAAUAUUGAAAACAGAACAAUUCCCUUAUUUCCCUAAACCCUGUGGCGGGCAUCUCUGCAGUGCCUUCCCGUUGCACACUGCCUUCAUUCCAGCAUUUCUGGUUAGAAAUAGGUCAUCACAAAGUAAUUAUAGUUUGAACAGUUGUUUCCUUUACUGACAGAAAUCAAUACUAGAAAUAAUAAAUGUAAUUUCUGGCCUUCAUUGUUAAAGUAAGAUGAAGAAAUCAUGUAAUCGGAUGAGGUCAAGCUGAUAGACAAUAAAUUUGCCAUAAGAUUUUUUGUGAAUACAGCAAUUCUGUGGUAAAUCACUGGGGUUUUGGUAUACUCAGCAUGAGCAAUUCCUGUGACAUUGUAUACACUUUACCAUAAUGGUAAAGAUAAAUAUUUUAGCACAAUGUAUCAAACUGAGAUAUGCUCUCAGCAAUUUUUAUGCAAAUCACUUAAGAUUUGAUUUCUUUUUAUAAGAACAAAGUAUAUGUACAUUGUGACUGUACCUCACAAUAAAUGAGGGGACUGAAGGUAUUUGUAACUUCAAGCUCACUUCUUUAAAUUAUGCAAAUGUUACACUUAAAACUCAAACUGUUGGGUUUUUUUCAUUUUUCAGAUAUUAACAGUGCCAGUUUAAAUUUUUUUUACCAGUUUGUAUGUGAAAGGAAAAGUUAUUCUACUUAAACAUAUUAAAUUGACAAAUAGCAAAAACUUUGCCCGUAGAAAGGAUGAUGUGUGUGAAUAGGACACUAAUAGUAACAAGGGAUCAUUUAAUGGCUCUGUGUAUUGCCUAUUUAUGCAUUUCUAGUUUCUCAGCUUAAUUUUGCAAAGGAAUACUAUUAAAAUUAUCAUGAAAGUAAGAUUUUGUGAAUUCUCUUCAAUUGGGGUUACUACUUUUAUGGCGCUUAAGCACUCUAGGUUCUGUACCUUCAGGCCUCAACUUUUUAACUGUUCACUUUGUAAGGCACCAGUCAUGGAUUCAAGUACUGCAGAUACCCGCUGCCUGAACUGGAACAUAGGACAAGCAUGAUGGCAUCCUAGACUGGGUCACAGAGUGGGGGAAGGACCAUGCUACAAAGCUGUGAUUCAGGGGUGCACAUGCUCCCUGGGUGCUGCAAGUACAGUACCAUCUGUUUUCCAUCCAGAUGCCAGGUACCAGACCCCAGAGCAGAUGUCUAAAUGUUUUGAGAUAACUUCUGUGAUCAGUUCACUCCCUAUGACAAGGUAGAAAAAUUGUCAAACUUUGUAGGCUAGCAACUUAGCCUGUAUUCCACUAGCUCACCUGCAAACCACAAGUGGUGCUAAGCUUUGACCUUGAUGAGAGUUCAAGCUCUUGCACAUAAUCCACUGAACUUCUAGAACUGGUCCUUCCAUUCAGCUCAUCAGUGCUCAGUAGUAGUAUGUGGAAUUUUGACUUGUGUGCAAGAAAUCUUAAGUGUUUCUUUUUUAUAUAAAAGAAAUGAAACAACAUUAUCUUCUCCCCCCACCACCCCCAUUUUGGAACUCCCAAUACAACAACUCAAUGAUUGUUUUGAAAUUAGCUAAGUUCUAUUCAAAAAUACUUGAAAGGAUAGGUAAGCUCUGCUAAUACAUUUCCUGAUUCUAUAGUCUGUAAAUGUUCAUCAUAGAACUGUUAAGGGUUUGCUCAGUCAAAACAGCCUUUUGGUGCCACACUGUAUGUAACUUGUUCAGGAGCAAAUUAAUGGGGUUUGUAUUAACAGGCCACUGUGUUACUCUGAGCAUCUUCUCUAUGCCAGAUGAUGUGUGUGCAAUAUGUGCAAGUGACAGUGUGUUUUACCCUGGGAAUUAGAGCAUAGCUUACAUCAAUAAAGCUAGCAGGUAAAAGAUGUGGUGGGUGCACUCUGCAUGCCAGCUCCUUUGCGUGAUUGCAGUGUUCCAACGUGAUAGCAAGAAGAUAGUCUAGCACUUGAUGUAACUGUAUGCGCUCAUUUAAGACACUUGUAAAAAAAGACCAUUCAUGUCAAUUUUUGUUGUAAAUGACCCUGAAGUUUAAGUUAAUCCAAAGAAGUAAAAGGCAACUUGCUUUUGAAAUAAGAGUGAAAAGUGUACAGUAUGCUACUUGUGGACUUCUCAAUUACCUCAGCAGGUAUCCUGCCAUGUAAUUACUAGUGAUUAGUGAUAAUUUAACCAGCUGAUGAAUAGGUUCAGGUCUUCUAUUUAACUGUGCCCUGGAAUUAAGUGGCCUAUAGCAUAAUAAGGCAGAGUUACUAUCCAAAAAAAGGAUGUUCCCCAAACUUUCCAAAAUAGAAAUGCUCUGUUAAAUGUAGAGAGGUUGGUUUUUUUGUGUGGAAUGUCACCAUUGCUAUUACUUGUGACAUUUGACUGUGUCGGCACACUUAACACUGGAUCAUUGGAAUGUUUUAUAAACAUUUCUGCAAGCCACUGGAACAGAAGUCCUUAAAAUUAGCCCAAAUUUAUCACUGUUGUAUAAGCUAGUUUAUUGGCUGACCUCUAAAAGUUUAGGUAAUGGCAACAGUAUUUUAAAGCUAUGUAUAUGAUGUACUGGAAGUUGGCUUUUUCUUGUUUUUCUUACUCUCUUCCUUGGAAAAAGCAAUAAAACUGCUUUGUCUGUUGCCAGUUAGCAUGACAGAAUCCUUUCCUUUGGAUAGUGAUUUUAUAGGAAAGUUUGUAUGCAUAUCACCAAGUCUAGCUUUUAAAAACAAAGUGUGCAGGAGUUAUUGACAAUAUAGUGUGGCAUUUUAUUUUAUAAAUUGGGGAAAGUUACAUAUUUUUUUAAAAAGUAGGUGUUUGAGUAAAUAAUGGAGGUACUUUUUUAAAAAAAAAUUUAUAUGCCACAGUUUACAUAGACAUAUUUCAGAUUGAACAUACGCAUUGUAUCUUCAGAUAUGGCGAUUUCUUUUAUUUUCUCAAAGUGCGUGUACAGUAACUCUUCCAUCUAGUUCCUGUGUUUGCUUAUGGGAAUCCUACUUUAUAUGCUUUCUAAUAUAUCUUAAUUGAAUUAGGUUUCAAAAAUUGCAGUUAAUUUGGGUAUCUAUUAUAAGUGAACUAUUAAAUGUACGAAAUGCAGUUUUGGCCUUUUCUAUUGAGUGAUCUUACAGCUCAAGGCUGCUUUCUUUAGAAUUUAUUGAAUUUCUACAAGGAGAGGUACUAAAAAAUUUUAUAAGUUCGACUUGUUGCAGCAUUCACUCUAGAGUGAGCUACAUUAAAAAAAAAGUGCAUGUCUGCUAAUCGCCUGCAAAUGGGGGUAUUUCUUAGGUUCAGAACACCAUGAAACAUGUAUAUAAACCUACAAAGAUUUGUGCGGUUGAAAGCCUGUUUUACAUGUAAACGUACUCAUGGAAGGGUUAAAUUCAUGGCAUUCUUUGUUUCUUCAAUUAUUUCUUGCUUCCAGUAAGAAACUGGUUCUUUUUUGCACAUAGUAAACUUCGCUCAUCUUUUAAUAUGAUUCUUCAAAAAAGUGCUGUUUCUGUGGUAUUGUAUUAUCUGAAUAAUCAUAUUUAACUUUUUUUAAACAAGUUUACCGUUUCUAAUUGUUCUGUUCCUGUGUUUUUUGCUGGUGUGUAAUGAAAAAAAAGUUUUUCUUUACAUGGUUAUUUAAUACAUUAGCUGCCUGUAAAUAUUUCUUGUUAAGUGCUCUGGAAUGUGCUGUAGAAGUUGUAUUAGAUCAGUUUAAAGCAU